AUGGAGGAUUUGAAGAAGCAACGGCAGAAAUUUGAAGAAGAGUGGGAACAGCUAGACAAAAAAAGAGCCCUCCUAGUAGAGGAGGACAAAAAGCUGAAAAUUGAGAGGAUGAAUUUAGAACGGUGGCGUGACAAUGAAGAAAAAAGGUUAAAUGAUGUGAAGCUCGAAAUGGAUGAAAAAUACAAGGACCAGCUGGAGAGUCUUGAGCGUAAGGAAAAGGCUUUGACUGAUGAUAUAAAGCACAAGCAAAUGGAAAAUGAUGAUUUUCUGAAGGGAGAACGCGCUGAUCUGCAACGUAAAUUGCAGCUGAAACAGCAUGAAUUGGAGAUGGAGAUGGAGCAAAAACAAAGAUUUCAGCUUAAAAAUUAA